CAUAUAAGCGCCCGAGCCCCCGCAAUAGAAAAUACAGUGUAUUUUUGAGAGGUGUGCUCCUCGCAUAGUACGGAUAGAUUUCACAACGAAUUUCAACUACUAGAAGGCCAUAGGAUGUGGGCUAUUCUAACCCUGCUAACCCUGGCACUGGGCUUGCUGUACCAGUUUGUGAGGCGGCACUACAGCAGCUGGCAGAGAUUGGGCGUGGAUGAGGAGACACCCAAGAUCCCAAUGGGCAUACUGGACACUGUGAUGAAGCAGGAGAUGAGUCUGGGCAUGGUCCUGAGCGACAUAUACAAACGCCACCAGGGCAAGAUCGUUGGCAUUUAUAUGAUGAACAAACGGAGCAUUCUGGUGAGAGAUGCCCAGCUGGCGCGCCAGAUCAUGACCAGCGACUUUGCCAGCUUCCAUGAUCGCGGAGUCUAUGUGGACGAGAAGAACGAUCCGCUAUCCGCGAACCUCUUCAAUCUGAGGGGAGCCUCGUGGCGCAACUUGCGCAAAAAAAUGACGCCAUCGUUCUCGUCGGGCAAGAUCAAGGGCAUGUUUGGUACGAUCGACGAUGUGGGGGACAAGAUGGUGCAGCACUUGAAGGGCGUGCUGGAGAGGGCGGGGGCGGACAAUGAGAUCGAGAUUAAGGAAAUGAUGACCACCUAUGCGGUGGACAUCAUUGGGUCGGUGAUCUUUGGCCUGGAGAUCGAUAGCUUUACUAAUCCCAACAACGAGUUUCGGGCCAUCAGCAACGAAGAAGCUCGGAGCAAGUCUCUGCUGCUAAAGAUCCAUAACAUGGCCAUGUUCAUUUGUCCACCCAUUGCCAAGCUGAUGAAUCGACUGGGCUUUGAGAGCGCCAUUCUCACAGCUCUCCGGGACAUGAUGAAGCGCACGAUCGAGUUCCGGGAAAGCAACAAUGUGGUGCGUAAGGAUCUGCUGCAGCUGCUCAUCCGCCUGCGCAACACGGGCAGGAUCGGCGAGGAUGACGAUGAGGUGUGGGACAUGGAAACGGUCCAGGAGGAGCUCAAGGCCAUGUCCAUUGAGAAGAUCGCUGCACAGGCCUUCCUCUUCUACGUCGCUGGGUCGGAAUCGACGGCGGCCGCGGCUGCUUUCACUCUCUACGAGCUGGCCAUGUACCCAGAGCUGCUGAAGGAGGCACGCGACGAGCUGGACACAGUUCUUCAGAGGCACAAUCUCGAGGGAACGGGAAAACUAACCUACGAGGCAGUGCAGGAUCUUAAGUUCUUGGAUCUCUGCCUUAAGGAAACCCUUCGCAAGUAUCCUGGUCUGCCCUUCCUCAAUCGUGAGUGCACCGAGGACUAUCUAGUGCCGGGAACCAGGCAUACCAUCACCAAGGGCACGCCCAUUCUGAUCUCUCUAUUUGCCAUUCAUCGGGACCCUGUCUAUUUUCCCAACCCCGAGGGUUACGAUCCACACCGUUUCGAUGCGGAUAAUAUGAACUAUGACCAGGCUGCCUACAUGCCCUUUGGCGAGGGUCCCAGGCACUGCAUAGCUCUCCGCAUGGGAGAGGUCAACACCAAGGUGGCAGUGGCGAAAAUUCUGGCCAAUUUUGAUCUGGUUCAGGCCCCGCACAAGGAGGUGGAGUUCCGUUUCGAUGCUGCUCCCGUCAUGGUGCCCAAAGAGGGUCUGAAAUUACGUUUGAACAAACGAAAGUAGGAAUUCGAGCUCUAACUAAAUGGAUAUAUAUAUUGACGAUAAUUGUUGUUAUAUGCAAAAAAUACUUGCUUUUGAUUUCAUAUCUCUCUCAAUAAACAAAGGGAAUAUUUACCG